GAAAUGUCAUAAUAAAAUUGCAGUUUUGCUGUGCUAAUUUUCUUUGUUUGGAAAAUCAAUUCUAAUUAUAAUAGAAAUAACUAUCACUAACGACAAGAUAGACCAAAUUAUUACGAUAAUUACUAGUUUAAUUUACCAUCAGUGGACAUUUUGAUUAAAUGACGCAAUUGCGGAAGUAGAUCAAAGAUGAGCGAUUCGAAAUCUUUCGUGAAUUUCUCCUGCCAGCGAUGUCUUCAGCCUUUAAAGUUAGAUGAGUCUCUGAACAAUUUGGGGGAGCAUACAAUUGCAGAUUUGACGCUGCAGAUUCGUCGCAAUAAUGAGACGGACUUGGAUAUGCAAUCAUCGAGCUUGGAGCAUUAUGUGCCCCCGUUUCGUAUGUCUGAGUCGGGGAAUGGAGCUAACGGGUUUAUGGUGAUAUCGGAUGGUUGGGAAACUACCUCAGUAGGCCAUCAGUUGCACGUUAAAGCGACAUUGUUUGACUGCUUAUCAAACAAUUCUGAUGUGGAUCAUCCACUGUGCGAUGAAUGUACGGACACGCUUCUAGAGCUUAUGGACAACCAGUUGAGAUCAACUGAAGCGGAAUGGAAAGACUAUAACGACUAUUUAAAAAAGCUAGAGAAUGAUAAGGAAGAUUUAAACUUGGAAGGACUUGAGAAAGAACUCGAAGACAUGAAGCAGGAACAAGACAGGCUUUUAAAAGAGUUAUCUUCUUUACAGAAAGAAGAAAAGGCUAUGAAAGAUGAAAUUGAGAUUCAAGAGAAGGAGAAAGAGAGAUUGGAAAAAGAACAGGAUGUCUAUUGGAGGGAAUAUACGAGAUAUCGUAAAGAUUUGAUGAUUACUGAAGAUCAGAUGAAGUUUUACGAAUGUCAGCUCGCUUAUACUCAAACUCAGCUGGAAAAGCUUAAAAAGACGAAUAUUUUCAAAGCAACAUUCCAUAUUUCGGAUUCAGGGCAAUUCGGCAUUAUAAAUAACUUUAGACUUGGACGAUUACCUACAGCUCCCGUGGACUGGUCAGAAAUUAAUGCAGCUUGGGGCCAAACUGUGUUACUACUCUCGUCCUUAGCCAAGAAAAUAAAUUUCUGCUUUCAGCGAUACCGUCUUGUGCCAUUCGGGAACCACUCUUACAUAGAAGUAUUAGAAGAUCAGAAGGUGUUACCGUUAUAUGGUUCUGGCGGCUUCCGGUUUCUAUGGGACACGAAAUUUGAUGCCGCAAUGGUUGCUUUUCUGGAUUGCUUGCAACAAUUUAAGGAACAAGUUGAAAAAGGAAAUACGGGCUUUUGUCUUCCGUACCGAAUAGAUAAAGGGAAGAUUGAGGACACAGCAUCUCCGCCUCAUGCGUAUUCUAUCAAAAUACAGUUUAACUCGGAGGAACAUUGGACGAAGGCUUUGAAAUAUAUGCUGACGAAUUUAAAAUGGGCGUUGACAUGGAUAUCGUCUCAGUUUAGCGAGGAUAAAAUAGAACAUCAAUAGUACCUUAAUUCACUGUGAUAUUAGCCUGUAUUGUACAUUUUAGUGAAUAAAUGUUACAUAAUAUUGUUGUUUUGGACUUUUGGUACAGUUCACAUUAUAUUGUCAACUGCCAGAAGUGGAUUGUUGUAUGAUUGAUCUAUAUUAUAGAUUGUAUAAAGUAAAAAUUUUGCUCAUUGGCAGAUCAUUCAGAUUAAACUUCGGAAAUUGUUAUUUCUAGGCCUCAACUGUCUCAGCAUAACUAAAAUAUGUGACUUGCAUACUUUCAGCCAUGUUUCGUUUUAAUUGAUUUUUUAUUGCUAUUCCAAAAUGUAGUAUAUAAUUAACUCCUAUGUGUAUAUUGUAAAUAAUCAGUGUAAGUUGAAGCAUAAUUAGAUAUUCAAUUUUGAGAUUGACAGCAAAUGUGGGUAGUUGACUUGUUGUUAACCGUUUCGGUGUUGAUGACACGCCUGCCGUGUCAUCAAUGUUUUUAACCUGUGGCGUAUGACACGACAGGCGUGCCAUCAUAUUCUAUGGCGCAAGGCAUGGCUGCCGUGUCAUGAAGUGAUUGUUCCGCGCCACAGCCAAAAGUUUUCGAAAAUGGAAGACGCAACUAACCGGUUAAGACAGAAAUGGUUGAGAAUUGCCUUUGAUUGAACAUGUAAUAUCAUUAUGAACAUUAUUUAGCUGUGACUAUUGUAAGAGGCUUGUUAUGAAAAUAAAUAAAUAUCAAAUACUAA